AAAGCCUCAGUAGUGGGGAGACGGCUGGUAACAUGGCGUCUGCGCUCGUGCUCUGCGCGUUACUGGUGGCUUCCGCUGGGGUCUAUGGUUUGGAUGAAAGGAAACUAGCUUAUGUGACUGUGGUGUUUCGUCACGGUGACAGAUCAUCCAUACAAGUCUUUGAGAAUGUUACACACCCAGAAAGUGACUGGCCACAGGGGUUCGGACAGCUGACACAGAAGGGGAUGAGGCAGCUGUUUGAGCUGGGCCAGUUUCUGAGGAACCGAUAUAAAGGCUUCCUCAGCGAAGCGUACGACAGACGCGAGAUCUACGUUCGCAGUACAGACACCGAUCGCACCCUGAUGAGCGCCGCAGCCAGCCUGGCGGGUCUCUAUCCCCCCAGCGGUGAGCAGAUGUUCAGACCGGACUUGAAGUGGCAGCCAAUACCCAUACACACUGUGUCUAAGAAGGAGGAGAAGCUUCUGUCGUUUCCUUUAUAUGACUGCCCUCGCUACAAGCAGCUGAUGAAUGAAACUAAGGCCUCAAAGGAAUUUUUGGACGUUGACAAGGCGUACGCGGACUUUUACGAGCUGAUUAGGAAAAACACCGGACUCAGUAUGUCUGUGGCGACGGUGUGGCGCUUGUAUGACAUUCUCCUCUGCGAGACCCGUCACGACUUGGCCGUUCCAGACUGGGUGACUCCUGAGGUGAUGGACAAACUCAAGUAUCUCACUGACUUUGGGUUACAGGCUUUAUUCGUGGUCCAUCAACACAAAGAAAAGAGUCGACUGCAGGGAGGUCUCCUUUUAGGUGAACUGGUGAAGAAUCUAAAUAAGAUGGCCGCCGCAGGCUCAGACGAGAAACUGAAAAUGAUGUUGCUGUCAGGGCAUGACACCACCAUUAUUGCUCUUCAGGCUGCCUUGGAUGUGUUCAGUGGAAAACAGCCACCAUAUUCCUCCUGUUUCAUAGUUGAGUUGUACAAGGAGGCAGACGGCUCUGCUUCGGUGUCGAUGUUUUAUCGGAAUGACACCACGGCGGAUCCGUAUCCCCUGCAGCUUCCGGGCUGCUCCCUCAACUGCCCUCUGAAUGAGUUUGUGAGAAUUACAAAGCCGCAUGUUUCAGACGACAGGGAGAAGGACUGUCAACUUCCUGUUGAAAAGAUUGAAAAAACAGAUAAAGGGAGUGAGUGUCAGUGUGGUGGUCCAGCUGCCUGAUGCCCAAAGGAGCCAAUCAGCAGUAAGGGAAUUUGUUUCAUGCUCAGUUAAAAAGAUGAUGAAUCCUGAGCAAAGCACAAUUCCUCCACAUGGAAUUUCCAUGUGUGGCAUCUUAGGACACCAGUCCUCAACAAUAAUAAAUAAAAGUCUAAUACAAUA